AUGGCGUUCUUGCAUUCCGUGCUUAAUGAUGUCUAUGAGAAACAGCCUUACAAAGUAGGGAAAGAAAGCCAUUUGAAGAGUGUUGUUGAUGCUUUGAAUGAGAAAUUAUGUUCAGGUCAUGAUGGUUUCAAGAGUGCCAUUGUCAAGGUGGCAGAUGGUGUCCGGGAGUAUAAUAGGGAAGUGAGGGAGAGUAACAACCAUGUUAAAAGCAAGAUCACAGAUUUCGACAGAGAGAUUAAGAGGCUAAAAACAACGGUAAGUAAAAUUUUAGAAACUCAUUCUGUUUCAGGUACGCCGGACGCCAAGAAAAUUGGACUGGCCGAGGAGCUGGUCGACAAGAAGGCCUUGGAAUGUCGGCAAUACGCCGAGCACUUUACUAGCGCAUUAGACACACAUAAGACUGAUGAAAAAACUAAAGUCGCACUUAAUGACUUAAAUGAUAAAUUACGUGAUAAAAUUGAAUAUGUUCGUAGUACUGUUCAGUACGAAGCCGAGCGCCUUGAGAAGGUGCGUAGGCAGGAAAGAGAAGAUACGGCAGAGAGGACAAAAAAAGUUGUCGAAGUGAUGAAAAAGUGUGGAGAAGAGAUCAGUUCACAUAUUACCACGGAAGUGACUGAUCUUGUUAGGAAGUUGAAAAAACUGGUAGAGGAUAUUUUAAAGGAGCUUCAGAAACUCCGUGAGAGUCUGGUACAGUUUGUUCACAAGUUGGGAAAGUGGAUUGAUGCAGCAGAUGGCGCCAUUAAGGCGGCUGACAAAAAUGUAGAUGACAUUUUAAAAAAUGUUGAUGAAUCGUAUGGGAGUAUAUUUCCGAUGAAGAUUGGGGCGGCGGCCGACCAAGUCCAGAGGGAUAUUGAUCAACUUUAUAAUGCUGCGAAUUUUGCAAAAAGUGAAGUAGGGAGGUUGGUGACAGACGCUAAGAAGAAGGUGGAUCAUUUGGAAAAGGGACUCAAAGAGGAUUUGAAUGGGAUGAAGAUGGCAAUAAAUGCGAAGGUCACGGAAAUUCAGACAGAAAUUGGGAAGCUUCAUCAUGUCGUCGAACAGGGCAGAGAGGGGACAGGCACUAAGACAGUUGUGGCUGUUAUGCAGUAUAUUCAACGCAAGGUUGCGGGGAUCACGGGAAGAUCAGGCCUCAAGGGGAUUGUCGAUGGCGUACACGAAUAUGCGAAGACGUUUGCAAACGGAAUGUUUGAGAAUAAGGUGAAGGAGUGGUUGAACCAUAUAUUUGAUAAGGCGCCUGUCAAAAAUCUGCUUGCUGCGUAUGUCAGCGGCAACAGUGCUCAUCUGCAAUCGACAUAUACAAGUGGCGCUCAGGAUGGAUUAUAUAAAAUGCUAAACGACAAAGUCGCAUCUGUAAUUAGUAAUGAAGUUAAGAAAAAGUUUUUUAGCGGAGGGUUCCCUUUCGCUACAGUUGUCGAAGCCAGUAAUCCGAACAGCAUCGAGCAUAAUGUUAAAGCAGUCAAGCAGGCCUGCGAACAAUUUGCGGAAGGGCUUGGUCGAGCAAUGAUGCACCUGAAAAUUAAUGUUCACAUGAUUGUCAAGGCCAUUGGCGAAGAAAAGGAUUUAUAUGGCAGUAAUACUGGAAAGCAUGAUAAAACUAAUCUCGAAUCAGCCGUCAAUCUCAUUCUUCCCGCACUAGUUGGUGCAGCUAAACAGGUUGGUGAGACAGUCGCUUUGUUUGCCGGUGACAAUGCAUCCAAAAUGCAACGUUACGUAGAGCAGACAUUGGCGGAUGCUAAGCAGCUUGACAGUAAUCUUGAAAAGGCACUUGGCCUGUCCGCUGGUGGUAUCGGUCCCCCCGGCUCCUCUGGCACCAACUAUGCCGAUAAAGUUGAUACGGCAAUUAACGAGGUGACGCGAACAGUUACUGCGCAGUUGCCUCCGGACAAUGAUGGUGGAGUCCAACUUACUAACUUUACGUAUUCCUUCGCUAGACCGAACGGUAGAGGUAGGCAGGCUACCGAUGCCAAGAGCAGGAAGGAAAUUCUCGACGAUGCCAUUAAUGAUUUCAAAUCCAAGGUGGUGGAUGAUGCGUUGUCCAGUAUCGACAGCUUGAAAUCUCAGGUCGAACAGCAAGUCGGAGUGGUCACCACCCACGUCACCGAACUGCGUGAGGCCAUUAAAAGAAUAGGGUAUUACGCCAAGGGCCAGCUGAACGACUUGAAAGAUAAAUAUUUUAAGAAGUAUGAUUCUGCAAGUCCAAAGGAAGCAGCCGAAAGCAUCAACAAAAUCCACAGUGAUCUCAGUGAGCUGCAAAAAAAGCUUGAGUCUGGUCCUAUCAAGGACGCCAAAAACUUCACAAGGAUCGCUGGCACCGCCGACACGUUGCGCAACGCAACCGUUGAAACGCUUAAAAAAUUAGUCAACAAAGAAAUCGAGGCGGCUCAAAACAUUAUCACCAUACACUUCCAGAAACAGUACGUUGACUCCAUAAAACGUUUGCUUACAUCUUUUGCCGAAAAGGUAGAGGAGGAGUUAAAACCUCUGCCAAAAGAUAUUUUACAUGACUUAACACUAGGCCACAAGGCCUUCAUGUCCAAAUUUGCAGAGCAUAUUAUUACAAACCCUAAAUCAAUCGUAGGUAUUAAGGACAUUGAAAAUACACCUUCGCAAGAGAAAUCUCCGCUCAGCCAGGCGGCCAUAAAGUUGCAUGGAAGCGUUAGAAGAUUUUUCCGUGAUUAUCAAAAAAACCCGGACUUCAGUAAAGAUUUCAGAAAAAUUGAGACGUCAAAUGAUGCAUUGCAGAAAAUGCUGGCAGAGCUCAUAACAUCCAAGCACUUCAACAACGAAUUUAACAAUAACUUACAAUCACUUAAUAAUGAACUUCGUGCCUUGCAUCCUUCCGAAUUCGGUGCAUCUUCGACUCCCAUGUUACAAUCUCUGAAGGAGGGCCUUGAUGCCCUCACCAAAGAGCUGAGCAAGGCGUACCUCAAUACCUAUGAGGGACUACCGUACGAAGAGGCCGACAAGGACAAAUAUGCGAAGGCCUUUAUUACAAGUUUCUAUACCAUCCACGACAGCCUCACUGAGGUGAAAGAGAAGUGUAACAGCGAAGAUCAAUGGAAGGACAAAAAAUGCUGUGAGAUUCAGGGCCGCAUUAAAAAUCCACUUGGCAAAUUCAUGAAACGCUGUGGCUUUAAAAUAGGCCACGACGAAAAUUCCAAGGACUCCGAGUUGCAAUAUCCCUCUGAUCUCAAUGGUCAGCAGAUUCUUCAGAAACUUCUUGCCAAAUCGUUCGACGACACGGAACAAAUUAAGCACAUUAAGGAGUGUUUACCAGACAAAACGAAAACGCAAAUUGAAAACACAUUUAAUAUCACUCACCUCCUUGAAUGCCUUUUACAUCACGUUGACACUUUUAAUGAAGUCUCUCACUUAGCACUACGCACAAAGCCACGCAGCCCUGUAAUGUUUACGAAAUGCUUGCUUGGUGUUCGGGUCUCACGUAUAAUCGCGUAUGGUCACCUAUGCGUGACAUAA